GGUGGUUGUGGCUCGGCCGGGCUGCGCGAGAGGGCUGCCGCUGCUGAGGCGGCGGCCGCGGGUCGGAGGCGGUGGCGGCGCUGCCCACCGCGGGCCGCUCGGGCUCUGGGCUCGGCCCGCAGCCUUCCCUGAUCCCGCCGGGGCCCACGCCGACCAGCGCCUGCCCUAUGAGUGUGUCACUGGUAGUCAUCCGACUGGAGCUCGCGGGUCACUCGCCUGUCCCCGCCGACUUCGGCUUCAGCGCCGCCGCUGGGGAGAUGUCCGAUGAGGAGAUCAAAAAGAAGACUCUGGCUUCAGCUACCGCCUGUCUAGAAGGGAAGUCACCAGGGGAGAAAGCAGCCAUCAUCCACCAGCACCUUGGCCGUCGGGAAAUGACUGAUGUGAUUAUCGAGACCAUGAAGGCCAGCCCAGAUGAGUUGAGAGAGACAAUGGAAGAGAAGAAGUCUUCAGCAGCCUCCCUGUCUGCACAGAGAAGCAGAAAGCAGAGUGAGUCGGCGAACACAGCCCCAGACUCCCCAUCCAAGCAGCUCCCAGAUCAGAUUUCCUUCUUCAGCGGCAACCCCUCCGUUGAAAUAGUCCACGGCAUCAUGCACCUGUAUAAGACCAAUAAGAUGACCUCCUUAAAGGAAGAUGUGCGGCGCAGUGCCAUGCUGUGUGUGCUCACCGUCCCUGCCACCAUGACCAGUCACGACCUUAUGAAGUUUGUUGCCCCCUUCAAUGACGUGAUUGAGCAGAUGAAGAUCAUCAGAGACUCCACUCCCAACCAGUAUAUGGUGCUGAUCAAGUUCAGCGCACAGGCUGAUGCCGAUAGCUUCUACAUGGCAUGCAACGGCCGCCAGUUCAACUCCAUUGAAGAUGACGUUUGCCAGCUGGUCUAUGUGGAAAGGGCUGAAGUGCUGAAAUCUGAAGAUGGCGCCAGCCUCCCUGUGAUGGACCUGACGGAACUCCCCAAGUGCACGGUCUGUCUGGAGCGAAUGGACGAGUCUGUGAAUGGCAUCCUCACCACCCUAUGCAACCACAGCUUCCACAGCCAGUGUCUGCAGCGCUGGGAUGACACCACGUGUCCUGUUUGCCGAUACUGUCAAACGCCAGAGCCAGUGGAAGAAAACAAGUGUUUUGAGUGUGGUGUCCAGGAAAACCUCUGGAUUUGUUUAAUAUGUGGCCACAUAGGAUGUGGACGGUAUGUAAGUCGGCAUGCUUACAAGCACUUUGAGGAAACUCAGCACACAUACGCCAUGCAGCUUACCAACCAUCGGGUCUGGGACUAUGCUGGAGAUAAUUAUGUCCAUCGACUGGUUGCGAGCAAGACGGAUGGAAAGAUCGUUCAGUACGAGUGUGAGGGCGACACCUGCCAGGAAGAGAAGAUAGACGCCUUACAGUUAGAGUAUUCGUACUUACUGACAAGCCAGCUGGAAUCGCAGCGGAUAUACUGGGAAAACAAGAUCGUUCGCAUAGAGAAGGACACGGCAGAGGAGAUUAACAACAUGAAGACCAAGUUUAAAGAGACCAUUGAGAAGUGUGACAGCCUGGAGCUCAGGCUCAGUGACCUCCUGAAGGAGAAGCAGUCUGUGGAAAGAAAGUGCACACAGCUGAACACCAGAGUAGCCAAGCUCAGCACGGAGCUGCAGGAGGAGCAGGAGCUGAACAAGUGUCUGCGAGCCAACCAGCUGCUGCUCCAGAACAGGCUGAAGGAAGAGGAGAGGCUGCUCAAGGAGACCUGCGACCAGAAGGACCUGCAGAUCACUGAGAUCCAGGAGCAGCUGCGCGAUGUCAUGUUCUACCUGGAGACACAGCAGCAGAUCAGCCACCUGCCCGCAGAGACGCGGCAGGAGAUACAGGAAGGGCAGAUCAACAUCCCCUCGGCCCCCAACCCGCCCUCUUCGGGGGCCGGUGGGAAGCUGCCGUCCAGGAAGGGCCGCAGCAAGAGGGGCAAGUGACCUUCAGAGACUUGUCCCCGAGACUUCCUGGGCACUGCAGGGUGUGCUGGGACCUUUGCUGAGCGGGAGGGUGGGCCCUAAUAAGUAUGCCUGAGGACAAACUGCGGUCGUGUGGCUCCUUCAUUUGUGUGAUGUGAGGAGACUGAGAGGGUGGCAUUGGCAGCGCUUCCCAAGGUGGUGAGUCUCAGACCUCAGACACCUCAUGGCCAUUCUGCCUUCCAGCCGGGUGGCCCCCCUUCUUGUGUGGUUUUCCGUUGUAUUUAUUCAGUUGGAGCACUUGCAGUUGAGUUCCAGGGUAGGUUGAUGACAUGACGUGACCUCAGAGGCAGCAGUACCUAGCACUAAAGCACAGCACCUGCCUCCAGGAGAGGAGCCUGCUGCCCACUGCAGAGCAAUCACCUCUCCUGCCAUCCCUGCCUUCCUCUGUGGAGUUGAAGAGCUGCUUGACUGUCACAGAGAAGAGGCUAGAUUGUAAACCAGGCCCCGGCUUAUCCUCAGCAGCCAUCUUGCCUGGCUUGAGGGCAGGAAAAACAAGGAACUGGGCAGAUGGAGUCGACCCAGUGUAGGGGAGAUGGUGACAGCUCUUUUUGAUGACUGUGCCUGUCCAAUAAGAAGAGCCUUCCUGGCUCUCUUGGGCCCAGGUAACUGAGAAUACCCUCCAUCUAGCAGGAGUCAGCAAGGGGCAAGCCUGGAGAGAGGUCUCUGACAAGCUGAUUGUGUUGCUGGGGUCAGUGUAUACUGACCAUUUACAGGCCAGGCGCAUGUUCAGGUCGCAGCUAGAGGGAGCGUGGGCAGAUUUUCAGUUUCGCUUUUAGGAUAUAAGCAAAGGCUGCCUCUUACUCCAGACCCUGGCUGCAGCAUAUCAAACAGCCAUAUGAUACUUACUGUGACCAACAGAGGUGUUAUGUGCCUCUCUAGAACCAGGAACAGCAGAUAACUAGUAGCAUAGUAAUUGAGCAGAAUUGAAGGGACACCAUGUUGGGAAUUGGCUUCUAGAAGAGCCUGGGCAGUUAGGACAGCAGUGUGUAGUUCAGUUUAAUUUUCUGCUUUAUCAUCAGCCAAAGGUUUGAAGUGUCACACUUUAGGACUGUUUUCUUUCUUCCUUUUUUUUUUUUUUCCCUGAUUGGACCUCGCCCUUUGGCCUGAACGUCUGACAUGUUGUCACAGUGUUGCUUGUGUUGCUGACCACUGUCCAGUUCUGUGGAAUGUGCUGUGGCAUUUCCCAAAACCACACCUGUGACUGCAGAAUGAGUGUACUCAGACCUACGUGGCUCUUCCUGAGGGCAGCCCGGCUCUCCAGAUCCUCAGGCCUGAGCCGCAUAGGCACCUGGGGCCAGGGCAGGAGCAGAUCUGCCUCUCACAGAGCUUCCACUUUAUCCAGAACGCAUUUUACGCUGCUCCAGUCCUGGGCUCAGCCCCACUUGUCUUGCCCAUCUGACCUUGCAGAAGCUGGGGUGGGUGGUAGCAUGCUAAUUAAGAGAAUCAGAAGUCGUUUCCAAAGCUGGCUCCUCCUUUCAUUACAAUCCACAAGCAGCCCUGCCACACAGACGAGAGCCACACUCCCCAGCACAGGUCCGGGAAAAUGCCCGGGAAGGCUGUGGCCAGAGGAAGCAGCAGAUGGGCAGAGGUUUCCAAACUACUUGAAGGUCUUAAAAAAAAAUGUUCCAGGAAAACAAAAAUCAAGAUGUGUAAAUAAAAUGUUAUUUUAAAAGGUCAAA